AUGGACAAGGCGCGGUUCGUCCAGCUGCGCAAUGUGGUGCAGAUGAUUCAUAAGUACUUCGAUCAUUACAAAGUGCUGAACGAAUAUUUGCAGAGCGUUCUGGAUGAUGCGCCGGACGAAUUCAUGGACCCGCUGAUGUGCACGGUGAUGCAGCAGCCGGUGAUCCUGCCGUCGAAUAAUCGGUGCGAUUUGUCAACGGUGGAGAGACAACUCGCGAUUAACAACCCGACAGACCCGUUUACGAGGGAACCCAUCACCAAGGAGAUGAUUAAGCCGGAUGAGGAGUUGAAGAAACGGAUUCAUGAGUAUUUGAAGAAGAAGUUUAAGGAACGGUUUGGAUAG